AGAACCAAGACUCCCUCCGCUAUCCUUAAUUUCCAACAACAAGAAGUCUGCGUUAUCUUGAUGUUAAUGAAGCAUUCAAGCGCCUUAAUUUCUUUUAAUUUACUAGCAAUGUCCGCAAUCCACAACACACGCACACAUAGUAUAAUUAUUAUUUAUAAUUAAUUAGGUUGAGUUGUUCUUGAUUAGGAUAUAUCCAGAUAUGAAGGUUGUGGUGGCAACGGCUGGAUUGCUGAUGAUGAUGAUGACCUGCAGCUGGAGCUGGUUAGUAUCAUCAGAUUCUUCAGACUCAAAUCUGCUGAUCAACAGAAACAGUUUUCCUGAUGGAUUCAUAUUUGGCGCCGGAUCAAGUGCUUACCAGCCGGGAAGCGCUAAUGCUCUGCUCUACCAUAGCACCGGCGAUGUAGCGGAAGAAUUUUAUUAUCGUUAUAAGGAGGACAUUGCACUGGUGAAAGAAAUUGGACUGGAUUCUUUCAGAUUCUCUAUCUCCUGGCCUAGAAUAUUGCCUGGAGGCAAAAUUAGCAGGGGUGUGAACCAAGAAGGAGUGGAUUUCUACAAUUCUCUAAUCGACGAGCUUCUAUCAAAUGGUAUCCAACCCCUUGUCACUUUAUUCCACUGGGAUCUUCCUCAAACUCUUGAAGAUGAGUAUGGAGGAUUCUUAAGCCCUAACAUUGUAAAUGAUUAUCGGGACUAUGUGGACUUUUGUUUUAAUGAAUUCGGCGACCGAGUGAGGCACUGGAUUACGCUGAACGAGCCAAAUCUAUUCACCGCAUGCGGCUAUUCUGACGGUACUACUGCACCCGGUCGCUGUUCUGACUAUAUCGGAAACUGCACCGCCGGAAACUCUGCCACCGAACCCUACUUGGUGGCUCACCACUUGAUUCUUUCUCACGCAGCUGCUGUCAAACUCUACAGGGACAAAUACAAGGGUUCUCAAAAUGGUACGCUUGGUAUCACAAUGGAAACAUACUGGAUGGUCCCCAAAUAUGAUACGGUGGUCAGUCAAAAGGCUGCCUCCAGGGCUCUGGAUUUUGCGUUGGGGUGGAUUGUUCAUCCAGUCACAUAUGGCGAUUACCCCAAAAUCAUGCGAGUCAUGGUUGGAAAUCGACUGCCCCAAUUCACUGAAGAAGAAUCCAGGAUGGUUAGAGGUUCAAUUGAUUUCCUCGGAAUCAAUUACUAUACCGCAAGAUAUGUAGAUGAUUGCACAUCCUGCCCUACCGGCGACCUCAAUCGCAGCUACACCACAGACAGCCAUGUGAAUGAGACCACUGAGAAAAAUGGAGUUCCUAUUGGUGAACCGACGGAAGCAGAUGGCUGGAUUUAUAUAUAUCCCAAGGGAAUUCGAGAAAUGGUGCAAUAUGUCAAGAGAAAAUACAUGAAUCCUCCUAUUUACAUAACUGAGAAUGGAAUGGCUGACUUUAACAAUAAAACGUUGCCAAUUAAGGAGGCCCUCAACGAUAGCUUGAGAAUCAAAUACCAUAGUCUCCAUCUCUCCUAUCUCUUGAAAGCAAUCAAGGAUGGAGCUGAUGUGAGGGGAUACUAUGUUUGGUCAUUUCUUGACGACUUUGAGUGGGAAUUUGGUUAUACUGAUCGCUAUGGUGUCACUUAUGUAGACUUCAAAAACAAUUUGAAAAGAUAUCUCAAACGCUCUGCAUUUUGGUUCAAAAACUUCCUUGCAAAAGAUAAUAUUGCAAAUACCUCUUUCGCUUCUAUGUAAAUGUGAAUGUGCUUCAUAUUAUAUGACCUUACUACAUUCACAUAGACAGGUUAAUAGACAAUUCUUUUCUGUUUAAUUACUACUACUAUUACUAAUUUGUUGCUUAUUAAUUAUAUAAUAGAUUCAUCAUUGGCUU